AUGGAGGUGGCGCCGUCAGAGGCAGCGCAGCUGGCACUGCCAGAGGCGCCGCUGCCUGCGCAGCCGCCUUCUCGCCCCGGCAGCGCUGCCUAUGCAGAGAAGCUGGCCUCCAAUCUUCACCGCCAUGUGAAGCGGGUGCAGCAGCUGCAGGCUGCGGCGGCGGCGCGCGCCGCCAAGCAGCGAGAGCUGGAGCAGCGGCAGGCAGCGGCGGCGGCGCGUGCCGCCAAGCAGCGGGCGUUGGAGGAGCAGCAGGCGGCUGCCAACAACAAGAAGAAGUACAGGACAGAGAUGCGGCGCCAGGAGAAGCUGGCCGCAGCGCAGGCGCGGGAUGAGCAGGCGCGGCGCCAGGCUGCUGCACGGCUGGAGCAGGGUGCCGCGCGCGGCGCGGCGGUGGCGGCGGAGCGGCAGGAGGUGGCUGUGCUGGCGCGGGUCAAGCAUGAGCGGCGGGAGGCGGCUCGGCGGCUGGCGCAGUCCCGUGCGGAGCAGGAGGCGGCGGAGCGUGCCGCUUUCUACCUGCAGCGCCAGCAGCAGAAGGAGGCGGAGCUGCGGCAGCGGAAUGAGGAGCUGGCGGAGCUGCGGGCGCUGAAGCAGCGGGAGCGCCGACUGGCCGCCCUGCACGCCAAGCACCGCAUGGAGCUGGCGGCGCAGCGGCAGGAGGCGGCCAGGGACGAGCUGAGCCGCAGGCUGGAUGCCAAGCAGCGGCGGGUGUCGGCAAUGGAGGGGGAGCGGGCGGCCAUGAUGCGGGCGCUGGAGGACAUGCGGCGCGACAUACGGCAGCAGGAGGAUGCGCUCAAGGAGGCGCUGCGGCACAUGGAGCGGGGUGGGUGUGCGCCGGUGCAGGAGCUGGACGGCCUGCAGCGCCAGCUGGGCGAGCUGCUGCAGAGCCCGGCCACACGGCCUCCCAGCAGCCGCGGCAGCACCCGGCAGGGCGCCCGCCCGUCGUCAAGAGGGCGCACGGCUGGUGUGGGCACAGGCGGGGCAGCCCCGCAGCGGGGCAGCAGGGAUGCCGUGGCUGAGCAGGUGGCAGAGGCAUCGGCAAGGGGCUGCUCAACACUCAGCAGCAGCGCGGCAGUCGACAGCAUUGGCUCGCCGCGCAUUCCUGCGGUGCAUGCGGUGCAGCCACCCGCAGAGGCUGGCGGCGACAGGCAUGACGAGGCGGGCAGCGGCUCAGACAGCCAGCAGCUCAGCAGCCGCGCCUCUGUUGCACACCCUGCAGAUGCCCAGGCGCGCUGCACGGUUGAUGGGGUUGAGGAGCAGGGGCGACCGGCGCAGCAGGCCCCGCCGCUGGCGCCGCCCGUGGCACGGGAGAAGCUGCAGCAGAUCCUGCAGGCCGAGCUGGCGCGCGAGGCGGAGCGUGCGGUGGUGCUGCGGGGGGUGGCUGAUGAAGCGGACCGCCGCCGCCUGGUGCACUUCUUCGAAAUGGAGCGGGCGAACGCCAUGAGCCUGAUGCAGCGCCUCCAGCAGCAGAUGCAGUAG